AUGGGACUUUUCAGCAAGGCCCAACCGCCCGACAUGGCUGUCACCGGGACAUCUGAAGCCUUUGACAAGGAGGCCGCGGAGUCAGUAGACGCCACUGGGAAUCGGUUCAAUGCUGGCAAGGUCCAGUCCGGCGUGGCUCGAGUCGAAGCCAUCACCAAGGUCUGGUCGAGGGCGCACUUGAUGGUUGCCUACGCAAUGAUUUGGUUCAUAUACUUUGUCAAAUCCAUCGAGGAGGUUGUUGUUUUCAGCAUGGAUCCCUUCGUCACGAGCAGUUUCGAGAAGCACUCCAUCACGCCAGCCAUCGACAUUGUGGCCAUGAUUGUUGGUGGCCUCAGUUACAUUCCACUGGCAAAAAUCCUCGAUACGUGGGGAAGACCACAGGGUUUGGCUCUGACAGUGGCAAUCUGGGCUGUCGGCCUGAUCAUGAUGGCUGCCUGCAACAAUGUCCAGACUUUUGCGGCUGCCAAGGUUUUUAAUACUGUUGGUUCACAGGGGGUUUCGUACUGCCUCACCAUCUUCAUUGCAGAUACCUCCUCGCUUCUUAACCGACCCCUCAUGCUCGCCUUUGCCACCUCGCCGUAUAUUGUGACGACGUGGGUUGGCGGACCUGUGGUUGAGGCUGUGUUGGGAGGGCCAGGAUGGCGCUGGGGCUUCGGCAUCUGGACCAUCAUUACUCCAGCCGUUGUUCUCCCACUGUCGCUCUUGUUUCUGUACAACGACAGGAAAGCCGUCAGAGCCGGCCUUGUGGAGAGGCGUACUACUCGGGUCACGCCAAGAGACGUGUGGGAUUACGUUGUCGACAUCGACUUGGUUGGAAUCCUUCUUCUCGCUGGAGGCAUGGCCCUCUUCCUCUUGCCCUUUAGCAUCUGGUCGUACCAGGAAGAGCAGUGGCGCUCCCCACUGAUCAUCUGCAUGUUGGUCUUUGGCGCCGUCCUUCUCGUCCUCUUUGUUGUUUGGGAAAAGUUCCUAGCCCCUUGCAAGUUUGUGCCCUACGAGCUGCUGCUGGACAGAACAGUCUUCUCGGCCGGUAUCAUGUUCAUCUUCGUCUUUGCCAGUUCCUCUAUCUGGGGCGGAUACUUUUACUCCAUGCUGCUCGUUGUUUGGAACACUGGUGUCACCAAGGCAACAUACAUCAGCAACAUCUACCGCGUUGGUUCGUGCUUUGCGUCGGUCGUUAUCGGCGCGCUCGUGCACAGAAUCGCCAGGUUCAAGUGGGUUAGUACUCUGUAUGCCCUGCCUCUCACCAUUUUGGGUGUCGGCCUCAUGAUCAAGUUCCGCCAAGCUUCGCAAGACAUAGGCUAUGUGAUCAUGACGCAGAUCUUCAUCGCCUUUGCAGGGGGCCCAAUGGUGGUCGCCGGGGAGAUGGCCAUGAUGGCUCCAUCCGAUCAUCAGCACAUUGCUGUCAUCAUGGCCAUGCUGAAUCUCUUUUGCAGCAUUGGAUCCGCUGUUGGCAGCACUAUUUCCUCAGCCAUCUGGACGGGCACCUUUCGAGACGAGCUGAUCAGGAACCUGCCUCGUGAUUCCCCAAUCGACGCCAUCUACGGCUCAAUCGGGGAGCAGACCGGGUAUCCCUUUGGGUCGGAAACGAGGGCAGGAAUAGCAGCCGCCUAUUCUCAAUCCCAACGUUACAUGCUGAUAACGAGCUUGUGCCUGCUCUUCGCUGGAUGGGGCUGCACGUGGGCUUGGAGAGAUAUCAAGCUCAGCAAGAUCAAGCAAGUCAGUGGUACAGUGGCGUAA